AAGUCUUGGCAAAAUACCUACUGCUUCACACUCAGGAUGUACUUGCUGGAACUACUUUUCUUUAGUGGACUGGCUGCUGGGGCAGUCUGCCAUGCACUUCCAGUAUCAGGUCGAGUGCAUGAAGUUGAAGAUGAGCCUAAUGAGAAUCCUUUCAGUAAUCUGGGAGCACAAGCCCGCUUGAUUGAAGGAGAUAUCCUCCUUCCUCCUGGACGAAAUGCUCUGAUCAAUGAGGUUUAUAGGUGGACAUUCCCUAUCCCUUACAUUCUGUCUGACAGCCUUGAGCUGAAUGCAAAAGGAACAGUCUUUCAAGCUUUUGAAAUGUAUCGGCUGAAGUCCUGUAUUGAUUUUAAACCUUAUGAAGGGGAGAAGUCAUUCAUCAAGUUUGAGAAACAAGGCGGGUGCUUUUCCAGUGUGGGGAAACAACCCAGUGGACAGGUACUAUCUUUGGGCACCCGCUGUGACCAUAAGGCUAUUGUUGAGCAUGAAUUACUGCAUGCACUGGGCUUUUACCACAUGCAGUCACGUCAGGAUCGAGAUGACUAUGUGAAGAUCUGGUUGGAUCAAGUCACUGACGGCCUGCAGCACAACUUCAACAAAUAUGACGACAGCUUUGUCACUGAUAUGAACACACCAUACGACUAUGAGUCAGUCAUGCACUACAGGCCAUUCUCUUUCAACAAAGACCCCGACAUCCCCACCAUCACCACCAACAUCCCAGAGUUCUACAACAUCAUCGGGCAGUAUCUAGACUUCAGCGAACAGGACGUUGUGAGACUGAAUAAAAUGUAUAACUGCAGUUCCACUCUAACCUUGCUGGAUCAGUGCACUUUCGAAUACAUCAAUAUAUGCGGCAUGAUCCAGAGUCCCACGGAUGAUGAAGACUGGGUUCACACCAAGAGCACCCCUGGCUCUGAAGACCACACUCUUAUAGGACAGUGUAGGGAUGCAGGAUACACAAUGCACUUUGAUACUGCGCUUGGAACAGCAGGGGGGUCUGCCAUGCUGGAGUCCAGGCUACUUUACCCUAAAAGAAAGCUCCAGUGCCUUCAGUUCUUUUACAAAAUGACUGGCAGCUCAAUGGACAGGCUGGUCAUCUGGGUCAAGAUGGAUGAUGGAACAGGGACAGUGCGCAAGCUGAAGAAAGUGCACACAAUUUGGGGUGACGAUGAUAAAGGCUGGAAAAUUGCUCACGUGCCUAUGGAUGUUGGAGUGAAAUUUCGUUAUGCGUUUCAGGGGGUGAAGGGGGACCCUAGUAAUUCCAAUGGGGGUAUGUUCAUAGAUGACAUCAGUCUGGUUGAGACACGCUGCCCCUCUGCUGUCUGGCGCAUCCAGAAUUUCUCUCAGAUCAUGGCGGAAGCUGAUCAUAACACUUUCUUGGACAGCCCACCCUUCUACAGCCCUGAAGGUUACGCCUUUGGCAUCCGCGUGUACCCUCUUGCAAACUACACUGACUACACAGGCAACUACACCGGCCUCUACUUCCAUCUGGCCAGCGGAGAGAAUGACAUGGUCAUGCAGUGGCCUGCUGUGGACCGCCAGGCCACUUUAGUAGUAAUGGACCAGGAUCCAGACAUCAAACUGAGGAUGUCCUCCGCUCGAAGUCUCACCACAGACCUGUCAACAACUCCUGAAGACAAAUUGUAUUGGGACAAUCCAGCAAAGGUUGGAACCUACGACUCUGCCUGCCAGUGCUACAGAGGUGAAUCAAUGGGAUGGAGAAAUUUCAUCAAACACUUUGAUCUACGCAGACGUAAUUACCUAAAAAAUGAUGACCUCAUAAUCUUUGCUGAUUUUGAAGACUUAACGCCCUUGAAGAAUAGUGAAGUCCCUAUUGUAACAGAGGAAUAAAACUAUGAAGAGUGUUUAUCCUCGACCAGUCGCCAGUCCUGAAGAGCUGAAGAGUUGAUGAGAUCCAGCAGAAGCUGCAGUGAAAUUACAUGAACAAUGUGUCAAAUGUGUUUAAAAAAAAUUGCAUUGUGAAAAUCUAUGUAUUUUAUCAACCCACACCGCAUAUAGGUUCUUACAUUUCUUUUGUUUGUUUUAAUUCUCAAUAAAGUAUUUAAAAAAAGUU